CGGCAGGCACACCACCUGCAGACAGCAAAGUCCAUUUCCUGGGGCCAACCCAGCAGGGCAUCAGGAAGAAGAUAGAAUGAGAAGGGGAAAAGAAGGAGACAGGGAGAGAAAAACAGAAGAGCGUGUAAAGCAGCCGUACGCAGAGUUAGGGGGGAGUAGUGGCUCUGAUGGAAUACUGCUUGCAGUUCUGGUCACCACUGUUUACUAAAGAUUAAUUCACUCUGGAACAGUUUUGAUUGCUUGAUUGAAGUCUCCACAGCGGCUGUGGUCAUCAGGACAAGGCAUUCACCUGCUUCCAGCUCUGCUUGGAGAAAGGAACUGUGUUGUGAUUCCACAUCUGGCAGGAACUUGACAUUGCAUCCACUUCACCACAACUGCUGGAAAGAACCUGUGAAAUGUAACCAGUGAUUGACCUCCAAACCACCGAUACCAGGAGAUCCAUUGAAGAGCUGGUGACAGAAUCUGCAGAGAGAGAGACACCCAUCCACUUCCGAGGGGUGGCAGGGAAUGACCUGACUCCUGCUCCCCUGAGGGUAAUGAUCUCCCUCCAUGCCCCUUGUUGUGCCUCAUUUGCCUGUCAGUGGACUGAGCUACAUCACUGAGAUCUCUACAGGUUCUGCUGGGCAUGUCAAAUGACAGCAUUUCUCAAAGUCUGGACCAAUGCAAAGAUUACAGCUCCAACCACCGGCUGCACCUGGUUGGGUACAGCCUGAUCUUUGUGGCAGGUUUGAUCCUCAAUGUUAUGGCACUCUGGGUCUUCCUGCGCUACCUGCACCUCAAGUCUGUGGUGAGCAUCUAUAUGUUCAACCUAGCAGUAAGUGACCUGCUCUUCACACUCUCAUUGCCACUACGGCUCUAUUACUACUCCAGCCAGCACUGGCCUUUUGGCAAUUUCCUUUGCCAGGUGUCUGGCUCCCUCUUCCAGAUCAACAUGUAUGGCAGCUGCCUCUUCCUCAUGUGCAUCAACCUGGAUCGCUAUAUUGCCAUUGUCCACCCACUCCGCUGGCGCCAUCUUCGGCGGCCCAAGUUGGCCCGGCUGCUCUGCCUGGUGGUGUGGGUGCUUAUCCUGGUGGGAUCUGUUCCGGCUGCUGGUGUACAUAGGUCAAGUUCCUGCAUCAAAGGGAACCAGACCAUCGCUCUGUGUUUCGAAAGCUUCAGUGAUGGCCUGUGGCAGAAGGGCAUCUUCCCACUGGUCAUCCUGGCUGAAAUCCUGGGCUUCCUCUUGCCACUGACCUCUGUGACAUACUGUUCAAUUAGAAUCUUCCAGAAGCUAUGCCAGGCCAGCGAGACACAGAGCCUGCGCCAGCAGAAGACUAUACGCCUGCUCGUGGUGAAUUUGGUAAUCUUCAUCAUCUGCUUUGUGCCCUACAACACAACUCUGGCAGCCUAUGGGAUGAUAAAGGCCCACGUGAUCCAAGCUGAGCCGCCAGUUCGGGACUCCGUGCGCCAGGUGCUUAUUGUCACGGUGCUGUUGGCCAGCAUGAACUGCUCUCUGGACCCCCUAAUUUACUACUUUAGUACUGAAGGUUUCCGUAACACCUUCAAGAAGCUCCGGCGGGGCCAGGCCUGGGACUCCGACACAGGGAUGGCCAAGACUCAGGUCACAGAGACGAAAUGCUAUAGAACACGCUCCAGUGUAGAAGCAAAGCAGUACCCAGUCCAAAACUUCAUCCUCCUCAAUAAGGACUUGCCACUGGCUCCCAUCAAAAUAUUUUUGAAUGGGCCGAUCGAGGACUCUGAAAUCUAAUCCUGGACGUCAUGGGGUUGCUGAGUUAUAGGGUAGCCAUAAGAUGCCAGGAAGAUUGUGGGAGCUGACUAGAGUGUACCCUGAUCAAACUGGAGAAGCUUAGUAGAGUGGUAAGGAAAUGUGAGGAUGGUAAAGUUGGUGAUGCAAAAAUAAAUGAUGAAAAAUCUUUUACAACAAAAUGAGAAGGGUUUUAGAAACAUUGUAUUCCACUACAGGGAAACAUACAGUGGAAAAUAUGUACCUAGAAAAAAACACACACACACACAGCAAUUUUAUUUUGUUCUCUUUUACAUAGGUUCUUAUACCAUGCUCAUCAUUGCAGUAUCUGAGUGCACGUUUGUUGUAGAGGUCUCUAGAACACCAGAUAAGUUGUAGAUAGUGUUGAUGUACCCAAAACACACAUACUCCUAGGAUGUAUACUUGUUAAAGUUGUACUGAGGGUAGGAUUUUCAAAACUGGUAACUAGAUGUACAAAGGGACUUAGAUCCUCCCCCGACCUCAGCUGCCACCUAACCCCCCCCAUACACACACGCAAAAUACAGUUGGAGAACAUAAGAACAGCCAUACUGGGUCAGACCAAAGGUCCAUCUAGCCCAGUAUUGUGUCUACCGACAGUGGCCAAUGCCAGGUGCCCCAGAGGGAGUGAAGCUAACAGGUAAAGAUCAAGUGAUCUCUCUCCUGCCAUCCAUCUCCACCCUCUGACAAACAGAGGCUAGGGAGGAGGAGUGUGAUGGUGGUAGUAUCCCCUCUUAUUAAUGUGUAGCCCAGUGGCUAGAGCGCUCACCCAAAAUGUGGGAGACCUGGAUGUGGAGCAGGGACUUGAACAUGUCUCCCGGCUCCCAGGUAAGUUCCCUCACAACUGCAGUAAGUCCUUCUGAAUCUACCCUGCUGAAGUUGUUCCACUAAACACUAAAAUAAUAAUGAUGCCAGAGAGACAGUAAGACUGACUCUAUAGCCUAGUGGUUAGCACACUCACCUGAGAGUCCUGGCUCCAGUGAAUAUUUAAAUAUUUGAGUGACAUACCCUAUAGUCUAGUGUUUAGGGUACUCGGCUGGGAGAUGGGAAACCUGUAUUCAAGUCCCUGCUCCCCAUCAGACAAAGUGGGAAUUUGAACUCAUGUCCCUGUAUCUUGGGUGAGUGCCCUAACCACUAGACCAUAGACUAUAAAAUGACCACAGUUCAUUAAUACACUUUGAUUUACUCCUCUUUGAAAAAGGAGUAGAACAAAGUCCAUUAACCAACUUUUAAUGGGAGUCAGCAGGGUCCACAAAGAUAGUUAAUCUGUGGCAAUCUAAUGCAGGCUAGCUUCACCUCCCACCUGGCUGUGAACUAAAUGAUUGUGCAGAGAAGCCCUUUGUGAAAGAACAUGGAGUCAGUGUAGAUGUAUAUAGUGCAUAUAUGUGCAUGCACACACUCAGUAUGUGCAAUAGUUAUACAUUUACUCAGAACAUACCUGAACCUUUUAGAGGCUGUAAAUGUAUGCAGAUACCAGAGAGAAUGUGUACUGAUUGUAGGUAUACAUGGAACAUAGUGAGCCUGGUUCUCAUUUUGACUGAGUGUAAGUCUUCUCUUUGAGGAGGUGGUGAAAAUGCCAGCAUGAGGAGACAUACCCAGGCUUGCUCUGAUGGAGCUAGUAUGCUAAAAAUAGAGGGUAGCCAUAGCAGCACGAUGGGCUACGUGCCCCAAGAUGUGCCUAGCAUCUCAGAUGGGAUUGUACUCAGAUAGCUAGUCCCUCCCAACACUCGUGCCACUGUGUCUACACUUGAUCUUUAGCACUCUAGCUCAACUAGAGCUAGUCCAGAUAUCUCUCCUUAAGAUGGAAUUUACACCCCCAGCUCAAAGUGUAGACAUACCUGUAGGCCUCUAUACAGUACUCAGACUAUGUAAAAGGCCCUUAAUAUUGUGUGACUAUUAUUUACACCCCACUUUAAGGUCCUUUUACACUGCCUGAGUGAUGUAAAGUGGCCUUAGUGUAAAUCAGAAUCAGUCCCAGAGUGUAAUACAUACAAAAGUGUGUACUUAUUCUAGGUGUACAUAGGACACACUUACCAGAAGAGGUACUGGAAUAUACCUCAUGUGUGUAAUGGUCAUGGAUGAAUACUCACUGUACAAUAGUUUGUUGAUGUAUCUGGAAACACAGAAUGCAUAAUGGUCAAAUGUGCUUGUUAAUAUCUGAUUUAUUCUAUGUUCCAUCACCCUGUGAAGAAUGUGCAGACCUUAAUGUUUUACAUUGUAUUGGUGCUCAUCACAUUUAGCUAAAUGAUGAUUGAUUUUGAUGCCUUGCAACAGGCAGAUUUUCAGUGUUGGGGAGAAAGUGAUGUCAUGGAAUCCUGUUAUGGUGUAAUGUU